GUGUGAAGUCCAUAUUUGAAUUCGCGUUAAAUUUGCGCAUAUUGGUAUCUGAAGGAUAUAAAUAUGGCUAAAAAGUCGAUCGUGUUCUCGACUAUGGAUGACGAGACGGCGGAAAAAUUAGACGAGGUAUUUGGAUUGAAGCCGAGUCUCGUAAAGGUGCAACCCAGUUGCUGCUUGCUGCCGCCAAAAAUUAUCUUUUACGCGCAGAAAAUACGUGACAUGCCGGUAUACGAGGACGACGUCUGGAUGAUCUCGUUUCCUCGAACUGGAAGUCACUGGGCACAAGAAAUGUCAUGGUGCAUCGGGCACGACUUUGAUUACGAAGAAGCCCGCACAAUCAUAUUAAAGCGAAGUCCUACGCUCGAAGGUUCGGUUAUCAUGGUUAACGGGAAGUAUGACGAAUGGUUUAAAGAUUUGGGUGAUUCCGUCGAAAAUAUAUCAAAGAUGCCAAGACCACGAUACAUUAAAACUCAUUUACCUUGGGACUUAUUACCGCGGCAAUUUCACGAGAAAAAACCAAAGGUAAUUUAUAUCACGAGAAAUCCAAAAGACGUCUGCGUCAGUUAUUAUUAUUAUUGCAAAGUAUUCCACGGUAUGAAUGGAAGCUUCGACGAUUUUGCAGAAUUAAUGCUGCGUGAUAGUG